AUGGCGACCAUGCCGUUCGUCAGCGACGGAAAGUGUGUGAGCGUGGAGUGGGACUUCCUACAGGGACUACUGGCCAAACCCCCCACCCUGCCCUGGUGAGAAACAUACAAAUACACAUACACACACACAAUAGCAUUGCAUAGCGAGUGCUAACACACACAAACACUUACUCAUAUUCUAUACCAUCACAUCCACACAGCCUCUCACACACCCUGUACUGUAUAGUAAAAUGGUUAUUGCUCUGUAGCCUUGGCUGUCAUGGCUGUUAAUCUCUUUCCCUUAGUGGGAGAUUACGUACAUUUGGCUGGAAUUAUUAAUGGACGGUCAUUUAUAGGCGGAUAUAAAAAUUAAGCAGAAUCAAUGGGUGAGUAUUGAUUGUCCUCUCUGGUGAGUUGAGCUCGUAUAAUAAUGAGACGUUGUGGAGGACAGAGCUUUUCUAAACACAGCUGUUUAUACACCCUGGAGAACACAGACCGGCCGGGGAAACACGGAUGUGUUGGCUGAUUAGGACAAAUACCCCACACUUGCAUGCAAAAACACACAAACAUUCACACACACACGCAUGGAAAGAUAUGUACACACACAUUUUAUUUUCUCUAUUUCUCCCUCUCUAUUGCUCUCUCUCUCACACACACACAAACACACACACACACACACCCUCCCUCCCGUGGCAGGCAGUCUGCAGGCCCGGAAUGAGAAUUGAUGUCACAGACACGGGGGACAAAUGCUGUUUCUUUAUUCUACCACAGACACAAACUGUGGAGUCGCCGUGACAACAUAAUUCUACCACUCAGGUCCCAUUGAGGGGAGUCGAUACCCAAUCAGAGAGACAGGCUACCUGGGCCCUGGGCCCCCUCUGCCACACGGCCCCUCCCCCUUUCCAUUGAUCCCUCAAUCACUGCUGCAGCCCAGCACCCGCCAGCCAGUCACAUGGCUUUGUGUGAGACAGCGAGGGAGAGAGAGUGUGGAUGCGAGUGUGUGUGUUUGUGCGUGUGUGUGUGUGUGUGUGUGUGUUUGAAGCAGAGGCACUAGCUGUGCUGUGUAAUAGCAAUGUGUACCAGUGGGACAGGGGAAUAGACCCUGGUAGAUAGAGCACUUUCUGUCUGUAAUUACACAGACAGACAAUCUGCUGGAGGCGGAUUAGAACUGAGAUUGCAGGUGUCAUUAUCUACCUUUUAAAGGACUGUUCCCGGUCAUCAUCAGCAUAUGUGACCAAGCCACAGGUGGUCAUUCUGCGGUUAGUUAGGAUUCCUUAUCAUUCCAGUUUUGGCAUGAACCACACCCCCUCUUCACUUAGAAUUCUCCUCUACCUUCUCUUUACUAUCUCUCCCCUCUCCCCCGGACCUUUCCUCUCCUUUUCCAGUUUGCAGAACCUGCGGAAGGAGAAGUCUCGUAAUGCAGCUCGUUCCCGUCGCGGUAAGGAGAACUUUGAGUUCUUUGAGUUGGCUAAGAUGCUCCCUCUCCCCGGAGCCAUCACCAGCCAGCUGGACAAGGCCUCGGUCAUCCGCCUCACCAUCAGCUACCUGCACAUGCGCACCUUCGCCAGCCAGGGAGACCCGCCAUGGUGCCCCCUGCUGGAAGGAGAGAACCACUACAGCAAAGGUGAGCCCUCACCCUUACCCUACCCAUGAUCUUAACCUGAAAUGACUCGAAAAAACUCAGUCGCCAAUGCUGCAACAAAAGCAUUUGACACAUUUUACUGUAGGUGUAUCAGCAUUGUAACAGCACUAUAAUAUUCUAUGUAGUCCUUCUCUUACCCAAUGCACCGCACAGACACACAUCUCACAGAGAUUGAGACACAGAGAUUGAGACACAGAGAGUGAGACAGAGAGAGACAGAGAGAGAGACAGAGAGAGAGACAUAGAUAAUGAGACACAGAGAGUGAGACACAGAGAGUUAGACAGGGAGAGUGAGACACAGAGAGUGAGACAGUGUGAGAUACAGAGAGAGAGAUGCAGAGAGUGAGACAGAGAGAGACAGAGAGAGACACAAAGUGACAGAGAGAGAGACAGAGAGAGAGACAGAGAGAGACACAGAGAGAGAGACACAGAGAGUGAGACACAGAGAGAGAGACACAGAGAGUGAGACACAGAGUGAGACACAGAGAGAGACAGAGAGAGAGACACAGAGAGUGAGACACAGAGAGAGAGACGCAGAGAGUGAGACAGAGAGAGACAGAGAGAGAAACACAAAGUGACAGAGAGAGAGACAGAGAGAGACACAGAGAGUGAGACCCAGAGAGUGAGACACAGAGAGUGAGACACAGAGAGAGAGACAGAGAGAGAGACACAGAGAGUGAGACACAGAGAGAGAGACAGAGAGAGAGAGACACAGAGUGAGACACAGAGAGAGAGAGAGAGACAGAGAGAGACAGAGAGAGCGACACAGAGAAUGAGACACAGAAAGUGAGACACAGAGAGAGAGACACAGAGAGAGAGACACAGAGAGAGGCAGAGGGAGAGAGAGAGAGAGAGAGAGAGAGAGAGAGAGAGAGAGAGAGAGAGAGAGAGAGAGAGAGACAGACAGACAGACAGACAGACAGAGAUACACAAAGACACAAAGACAGAGAGAGGAUACAUAAAGGAAGGAGGAGCCUAUUGGUGCGAUUUGUAAUUACAAAAAUUAGCUAUAUAACGAGGAGAGUGUGAUUAUGAGGGUUGUCUAAUUGCUACUAUUACUGAGGGGAAACAACUCAGCUACAAUUAGGUGUGUGUGUGUGUGGGUGUGUGUGUGUGUGCACGUUUUAUAAGAGCACCUGUGAGGAGUGCAUGUGUAUGUGCGUGGUAGUGUCAAUGGUUGCAGAAGUGUCUGUGUGGGUGCAUUAUCCUUUUUUGCACCAGUGUGUGUCUCCCCGUUACUCUCAGCAAGUCCUCCUGAAAUGGGACAAACCCAUGAUAUCUCAUUGAUAUUGUAUUGAGAUAUGAACAUAGAUAUUAUGUACCUUACAAACAAUGGGACUCUAGGUCUCAUAUGCCCAUAUAUUUCGCUUAUUUUACAAGAAAGUCCUUGAAUGACUCAUAGAGUUACUGUAUACGAUCAUACUCUUACCAUUGUUUGGUAAAUAUGUUUUCGAGGAUCUGGCGUUGGAAGAGGCCUGGUGAAAGGAAGAUAUGGAUAUCUCAUUGAAAAGCACAUCUAUCUAUUCAAUGCUUCGAUCAGUCGUCAAUCGAUGUUCAUGUCAAUCGAUGUUCAUUUGACCAUUGAUCGAUUUCUAAUGUCUGAAAUCUAUACUGAAGUUCCCUCUGGAAAGAAAUAAGUAAUUAUAUUCUAUACAUUAGCCUUCAGAAAACAUGAAAGUAUGACGCACGCACAUGUUGGGCAUGAUGCUGGUAUGGAGGUCAGUUCGACACAGAGGUCAUCCACCGGUACCCGAAUACCCGAGACCCGACCUGGGACCCAGAAUUCGAAAUAAUGUCACAGGUCUGGGUCGGAUCUGAUAUGAUUGUCACUUAUUCCGUACACUGCCAUUGGAUGUAACGAGGAGAGAGAGAGAGAGAGAGAGAGAUGAAGGAGAAGAGAGGAGGGAGAGAGGAGAGAGAGAGGAGUGGAGGAGAGAAGAGAUCGGAGGCCGAGAAGAGAGAGAGGAGGAGAGAGAGAGACUGUAUAUUUUAUCAAUUAAAUGAAAAAAUAUCAAUGAAAUAUUAAAUAUACAGACCACAAAUUCCAAUUGGCUAUACUUAAACUCUUUAACAUCAUCCUUAGCUCUGACAUCUUCCCCAAUAUAAGGACUGAUCACCCCAAUCCACAAAAGUGGAGACUAAUUUGACCCCAAUAACUACCAUGGGAUAUGCGUCAACAGCAACCUUGCGAAAAUCCUCUGCAUUAUCAUUAACAGCAGACUAGUUCAUUUCCUCAGUGAAAACAAUGUACUGAGCAAAUGUCAAAUUGGCUUUUUACCAAAUGACCGUACGACAGACCACAUAUUCACCCUUUACACCCUAAGUGACAAACAAACAAACCAAAACAAAGGCAAUGUCUUCUCUUGCUUUGUUGAUUUCAAAAAAGCUUUUGACUCAAUUUGGCAUGAUGGUCUGCUAUACAAAUUGAUGGAAAGUGGAUUGGGGGAAAAACAUAUGACAUUAUAAAAUCCAUGUACACAAACAACAAGUGUGCGGUUAAAAUUGGCAAAAAACACACACAUUUCUUUCCACAGGGCUGUGGGGUGAGACAGGGAUGCAGUUUAAGCCCCACCCUCUUCAACAUAUAUAUCAACGAAUUGGUGAGGGCACUAGAACAGUCUGCAGCACCCGGCCUCACCCUACUAGAAUCUGAAGUCAAAUUUGUACUGUUUGCUGAUGAUCUGGUGCUUCUGUCACCAACCAAGGAGGGCCUACAGCAGCACAUAGAUCUUCUGCACAGAUUAUGUCAGACCUGGGCCAAAAAAGGUCCAGUUGCCAGGACCACAAAUACAAAUUCCAUCUAGACACCGUUGCCCUAGAGCAUACAAAAAAUGAUACAUACCUCGGCCUAAACAUCAGCGCCACAGGUAACUUCCACAAAGCUGUGAACGAUCUGAGAGACAAGGCAAGAAGGGCCUUCUAUGCCGUCAAAAGGAACAUAAAAUUUGACAUACCUGGCUAAAAAUACUUGAAUCAGUUAUAGAACCCAUUGCUCUUUAUGGAUGUAAGGUAUGGGGUCCGCUCACCAACCAAGAAUUCACAAAAUGGGACAAACACCAAGUUGAGACUCUGCAUGCAGAAUUCUGCAAAAAUAUCCUCCUUGUACAACGAAAAACCCCCAAAUAAUGCAUGCUGAGCAGAAUUAGGCCAAUACCCGCUAAUGAUCAAAAUCCAGAAAAGAGCCGUUAAAUUCUAUAACCACUUAAAUGGAAGCGAUUCCCAAACCUUCCAUAACAAAGCCAUCACCUACAGAGAGAUGAACUUGGAGAAGAGUCCCCUAAGCAAGCUGGUCCUGGGGCUCUGUUCACAAACACAAACAGACCCCACAGAGCCCCAGGACAACAACACAAGUAGACCCAACCAAAUCAUGAGAAAACAAAAAGAGAAUUACUUGACACAUUGGAAAGAAUUAACAAAAAAACUGAGCAAACUUGAAUGCUAUUUGGCCCUAAACAGAGAGUACACAGUGGCAGAAUACCUGACCACUGUGACUGACCCAAACUUAAGGAAAGCUUUGACUAUGUACAGACUCAGUGAGCAUAGCCUUGCUAUUGAGGAAGGCCGCCGUAGGCAGACCUGGCUCUCAAGAGAAGACAGGCUAUGUGCACACUGCCCACAAAAUGAGGUGGAAACUGAGCUGCACUUCCUAACCUCCUGCCAAAUGUAUGACCAUAUUAGAGACACAUAUUUCCCUCAGAUUACACAGCUCCACAAAGAAUUAGAAAACAAACCCAAUUUUGAUAAACUCCCUUAUCUACUGGGUGAAAUACCACAGUGUGCCAUCAUAGCAGCAAUAUUUGUGACCUGUUGCCACAAGAAAAGGGCAACCAGUGUUUAUUUAUUUUCCCAUUUUGUCACGAUCGUCGUAAUGAGUGGACCAAGGCGCAGCGUGAAAUGCGUACAUCUUUUAUUGAGUACUAUUAACAAAAACAAAACAACAAAACGAAACGUGAAGUCCUCGGUCAUAAACACAAACCUACACGGAACAAGAUCCCACAAAAGACAAGUGCACAACAGGCUGCCUAAGUAUGGUUCCCAAUCAGAGACAACGAGCCACAGCUGUCUCUAAUUGGGAACCACCCCGGCCAACAUAGAAACACAUAAACUAGAACAAGAACAUAGAAAACGAAACAUAGAACCUAACACCCAGAAACUAACACAUAGAAACUAACACCCUGGCUCAACAUAUAAAAGUCCCCAGAGCCAGGGCGUGACACAUUUGUACUUUAACUAUUUGCACAUUGUUACAACACUGUAUAUAGACAUAAUAUGACAUUUGAAAUGUCUUUAUUCUUUUGGAACUUCUGAGUGUAAUGUUUACUGUUAAUAUUUAUUGUUUAUUUCACUUUUGUUUACUAUCUACUUCACUUGCUUUGGCAAUGUUAACAUACGUUUCCCAUGCCAAUAAUUAGUAUAGCUAGCUAACAUUAGCUAGCUUAACUAGCUACUCCCGGUUUGAUGCAGUCAAGAUAGGUACUAUGUAAUCAUAUUUGAUGAUAAAUAACCUAGCUAUGGCAGCUAUUAGUCUACUAUAGCGCGAGGCGGCUUGGUUGGUUGCUGUCUCUUGUCUCUCUCUCCCUCCUCCCUGCUCCCUGUGUCACUUGCUCACAGUACGGCCCCUCCCCCGCCUGCUAGAGUGGCAACUCUCUCUUCCUCCUCUCGCACUUUAUCAGCUCCGGUUAAUAAAUUAGCUUAAACAUUUUAUUUUCUGCUGCUUCCCUCACUUGGAUCGAACCAGGUCUGGAUCCGACCAGGUCUAUACGGAACUGGUCUAGUUGUCCUCGGGUCCAUUCGAAACGGGUCUCUAUAUUUUAAGAUUUAAUUAAUGCAUAUCAGGUCCAGGUGGGAAAUCCCCAGGUCCAUUUCGUAAAGUGUCCAAAAACCUCUAAACCCCAACCCUGCUUUUGCAUCAUGGUACUUGUAGUUAGACUUUGAAGCACCUGAAGUGUGAUGCAUGGCUGUAAUUCCACUGGAGGAAUGUGGUGUGAAGUCCAGCCGGAAUUCUGAGGGGGACGCUUGUGGCGGCAUUCCUCCUUCUCUUCUCUUCCUCCCGGGGUUUAGGCGGUGGGGGUUGGGGUGGGUGAGGGCCACGGGGAGAGGGAGAGAGAGAUUGGGGGGGGGGGGGGGGGGGUAGUGUGGUUUUUGUCUGCUUCCCACGUUUCAAAGCCAGUCUUGAAAAAUGAAUAGACAGAGGAAAAUCAAUUGCAUGACCUUCACACAGCGAGAGAGAGGGAAGAGAGAGAGAGAGAGGAGAGAGAGAGAUAAGAGAGAGAGAGAGAGAGAGAGAGUAGAGAGAGAGAAGGAGAGAAGAGAGAGAGAGAGAAGAGAGAGAGAGAGAGAGAGAGAGAGAGAGAUGAUAUGAUAGAGAGAGAGAUAGAGAGAUAGAGAGCGAGAGAGAGAGCGAAGAGAGAGAGAGAGAGAGAUGGAGGGGUGGUGGAAGAGGAAACAAAGGAGUGGUAGAAAGGGAGAUUACCAGCGGAGGAAAAGUAAAUGUCUCAAAGAUAUGUAGUGAUGUUUUUUCAACCAUUAUGUGUGUGUGUGGUGGGGGUUGGGUCUACAGUAGAGUACAUUAGUCCUGAACCUUCAAUUUAAUGUAUUAUUCAAGACUACUGUAUAUGCACAGGUGAUAUGAGUUUUUGAGAGAAUCUCUCUUUCAGAUAGGACUUCUACCCUGUAGAAAUGCAAAAUAUUAACCUGUCUAUUUUCAGAAGCGUCUCAGUAUUUUGCAGUUUUACAAUAUUGUAGAGAUUUCGUCUAAUGACAGAACACACUGACACAAGCCUCUAAGAUCUUCUAAAGACACCAGAAGAGAAACCAGAUACCAAUUUAACCAUUUUUUCUGUCACUGUUUGUGAGGUCUCUCGCUCUCUCUAGCUGUCUCUUGACUUUGACUUUCAGUCUGCCUCUCAUUUCUCUGCCUCUCUCUGUCUGUCUCUGUCAUCUCUCUCUCUCCCUCUCUGUCUUACCGUCUCCUCAUCACCUCUCCUCCGUCGCUCUCCCUCACUUUCUCCAUGUCUGCCUCUCCCCUAAUUCUCAGCGUUUAAAGUGGCGAUGGCUUUUAAGGGAAGUUAAUUGCACUCAAAUUAUGUUCGACCGCGGAAGAAAUGAAGGAGCGACAGAGAAAGAGAAACCGGGAGAGAGAGGGAGGGAGCGAGAGAGGGAUUGCAGAGUGAGAGGAUAAUUGCGGUGGAGAAGGACGUUGCGAUUAUGGUUGCUCUUUCUCUCCUGUCUGUCGUCUCAAACCCUGUCUGUUCCUACAUGGGGUAACAGACACACACUCACAUACGCACACAUACUCUCUUGGAUAACCAUCAAAAUUGGACCUCAGUAAACAAGUUGCUAGGUGAUGAGGUUCACGUAUGAAAAGACAACUAGCAAUAAGCAAACUUGAGUCAAAAAGAGAAAGAGAAAAAGAAAGAGACCACCAUGUGUGUGUAGUGUAUGUUAUCGGCCCACUUGAUAAAGAUGAGCAAAAAAGACUGCAUGAAAUAGAUAAUACAAAUACUGUGCUAAAUUGUAUGCUUAAAAAAAUGGAAAAUUAUAUUAUUUUAAACAAUUGCUCAGAGAAAUAGAUUUUGUUUAACAAGUCAUCUUUUUUUCUCAAAAAUAUAGGGGUCAAAAUUAUUGCUACCCCUGUUUUCAAUAACUUUCACUGAGCCAUUCUCUGAAAUGUUUUACGAGAUUGGAGGACACAUUGGGAGGGAUCUUAGACCAUUCCACUGGUGUGCGUGGCCAAAGAGUUCUAUUUUCAUGUCAUCCAUUAAAUGUAAAUGCCUUGUCGCUUGGAUUGGAACCGAUGCUAUGGUCAAAUUACACGAAAAUAGAGCCCUUUGGCCAUGCUCACCAGGGGUGGGUUUGGGGGUCCUGGGGCCCUUGUUAAGGUCAACGACGUCAUGAACUUUACCCAGUACCAGGACAUUUUAGCCAAAAACCUGGUUGCCUCUGCCAGGAGGCUGAAACUUGGCCGCUAGUAGAUCUUCCAGCAAGACAAUAACCCCAAGCACACAUCAAAAUCCACAAAGAAAUUAAUUGGCCACAAAAUCAACAUUUUGCAAUGGCGAUCUCAGUCUCCGGACUUGAACCCCAUUGAAAAUCUGUGGUUUGAAUUGAAGAGGGCAGUCAAUAAGAGCAGAUGAAGGAUAUCAAGGAACUGAAAAGAUUCUGUAUGGAGGAAUGGUCUAAGAUCCCUCCUAAUACAGUGCCUUCAGAAAGUAUUCAUGACUUAUUCUACAUUUUGUUGUGUUACAGCCUGAAUUCAAAAUGGAUUAAAUAUCUGUUUUUUCUCACCCAUCUACACACAAUACCCCAUAAUUACAAACUGAAAAAAUGUUUUUAGAAUAUUUUGCACAUUUAUUAGAAAUUAAAUACAUAAAUAUACAUUUACAUAAGUAUUCACACCCCUGAGUCAAUACGUUAGAAUCACCUUUGCCAGCGAUUACAGCUGUGAGUCUUUCUGGGUAAAUUGCUAAGAGCUUUGCACACCUGGAUUGUACAAUAUUUGUACAUCAUUCUUUUCAAAUUUCUUUAAGCUCUGUCAUGUUGGUUGUUGAUCAUUGCUAGACAGACAUUUUCAAGUCUCUACAGAUUUUGAAGCCAAUUUAAGUCAAAGCUGUAACUAGGCCACUCAGGAACAUUAAUAUCAUCUUGGUAAGAAACUCCAGUGUACAUUUGGCCUCGUGUUUUAGGUUAUUGUCCUGCUGAAGGUGAAUUUGUCUCCAAUUGUCUGUUGGAAAGCAGACUGAACCAGGUUUUCCUCUAGGAUUUUGCCUGUGCUUAGCUCUAUUCUGUUUAUUUUUAUCCAAAAAAACUCCCUAGUCCUUGAUGAUGACAAGCAUACCCAUAACAUGAUGCAGCCACCACCAUGCUUGAAAAUAUGAAGAGUGGUACUCAGUGAUGUGUUGUGUUGGAUUUGCCCCAAACAUAACGCUUUGUAUUCAAGACAUAAAGUUCAUUUCUCUGCCACAUUUUUUUGCAGUUUUACUUUAGUGCCUGCUGUCUGAGCAGGAGGAUAUGAACGUCCUGGUUGUGGACAGGAACAGAGGAGCUGCUAACCUAAACUAUUUCACUUCUGAACUACCUGGUUGAUCCUGCCAGUAGCAUAUGCUUGUCUCAAAGAUUAAGCCAUGCAAGUCUAAGUACACACGGCCGGCACAGUGAAACUGCGAAUGGCUCAUUAAACACAGGAUGCAUAUUUAGGAAUAUUUUUCUGUUCAGGCUUCCUUCUUUUCACUGUCAUUUAGGUUAGUAUCUGUAACUGUUUUAAAGUCACCAUUGGCAACAUGGUGAAAUCCCUGAGCAGUUUCCUUCCUCUCCAGCAGGUUAGGAAGGAUGCAUGUAUCUUUGUAUGCAACUUAUUAUGUGACUUGUUAAGCACAUUUUUACUACUGAACUUAUUUAGGCUUGCCAUAACAAAGGGGUUGAAUACUUAUUGACUCAAGACAUUUCAGCUUUUCAUUUUUUAUUAAUUUGUAAAAAUGUCUAAAAACAUAAUUCCACUUUGACAUUAGGGGUUAUUGUGUGUACUGUAGGUCAGUGACACAAAAUCUCAAUUUAAUUCAUUUGAAAUUCAGGCUGUAACACAACAAAUUGUAGCAAAAGUCAAGGGGUGUGAAUACUUUCUGAAGGCACUGUAUGUUCUCCAAUCUCAUAUUUAGUUUUUAGUAAAAGACUCAGUGCCAUUAUCCUCGCAAGGUGAGGUAUUGAAAACAGAGUGCCAAUAGUGUUGAUCCUGAUCUUUUUGAGAAAAUCUAAAUAUUACAUGUUAAACUAAAUCUCUUUAUCUGAGCGAUUGUAUUGGUAUAAAAUAAUAUAAUUGUCCCUUUUUUUUUUGCAUACAUACACUAUAGCUCAGUAUUUGUAUUAUUUAUUUGAUAGUAUUUUUUGCUAAUCUUUAUGGACCGGACUGUAUUUGGUUCCCAUGGUAACGUCAUAACUUGGUUAAAAGGUCGACAGCUAGGGGGUGGAAAGUGAACUUGGACUAAAUGAUGUAUAGAACAGAAGCAUAAAAAUCAAGCAAUCACAUUUUUCUCUUCUAUCAGGAAGACCCCAAAAUUGACCUGCGAGUCACACUGUAAUUAACGUGGAUGCUUCAUCCCAUUCCUCAAAUGAAAUUAAACCACGGAGAGCAAAUCUAGCCAAGCUAAUGAAAAGUGAAUGUACCCUAAGAGCUCUCCUAUGACACACACACACACACACACACACACACACACACACACACAUACACACACACCUAUUUCCACUAACAUAGAAGGAUCUUUGUUCUCAGGGUGAGAUACCCUGCACCUCCGUAAGGCCCCUGAACGUUACCAUCACGACAAACACACACACACCCUGUUGAGGCUGUUUUGGUUUCUUGGCCGCCAAAUUGUGUGACUCCAGGCAUGGCAGGCAGGCGGGUGGAGUGACUGUAGUAAAUGGCUCUGUGUGUAGGCUCAUCCGUCAGCCCCACUGGCCUUAUGUCACAUCCACCUUUUCCUCCGGCCCCCUGACAGUAUUCAUCGCCACUGAUCACCAGCAGCAUCUCCAGGGACCCAUGGGGGGGUGCGGUGCUGUGUGUUAUGAUGAUGGGGGUUGGUACCAGACCCCCAGUGGGCCAGCCCUCUCCCCGUAG